AUGCCGCCGCGACGAGUCCUCUCGCUCCUCGCAAUUGCGCAAGUCAACGCGCUCGCCGCGACGACGACGAAGCGCCUGCCGCUCAUGCCCUUCGGCGCCGACGAGGUGCUGAUACCCGGGCAGAGUCGCUACUUGCAUCUGUACGAGGCGCGGUUCCUCAGCCUCUUCGAGUACUGCACGCGCGAGUGCGACGACGAUGUAGUUCUAGGAUUCUUCGCGGGCGACUCCGCACUCCUAAGGUGCGCGACGCGGGCCCGCGUCGACGCGUGGGAGCGGCUCGAUGUGGGCGUCGGGGUGACGGUGCGCGGCGUCGCGCGCUGCACGAUUUCGGAUGUGGAGCGGUACAACGACCAGCCCUUCAUGGUCGCGGACGUUGGGGUUUUGGAGGACGCCGACGCCGUGAACGCGCCCUCGUCGGACGCGAACGAGGCCGCGGCCGUCGACGUCGUGUCGGAACUCGCCGACGAGGUCGACGAAUUGUCGUCGCGCCACGAUAUUGCUGCGAGCCGGGAGAACGAGCUCGCCGUCGACCCGCGCGCGAUGAACAGCCCCGACGAAGUCACGCGGCGGACGACGUCGCUGACGCAGCGCGCGGCGGAGCUCGCAUCUAGCGCUAGGCCGGGAGACUGCGACCGCAACGAGCUCCUCUCGUUCUUGGCGUUGGAGGGCGCGCCGCCCGACGUCAAGCUCAAGAUGCUCGCGUCGACGUCGCGCGCCGAGCGCCUCGCGGCCGCGCGCGGCGAGCUGGAGCGGCAGAAGGCCGAGCUCGCGGCGAAGGCGUCGCUCAAGUCCCUCAACCUGUCCUGGGGCGACGACGACGAGGGAUCCUAA